AUGUCACUCUGCUACCGCACAAAACUCUGCAAGGGCGCCCACACCACCCAAGAAGUGUACCGUUCUGUUCACAGUGCGCUCACCGUCGGUGGCGUCAGCUGGAAGCCCCGGGUCGGACCGGGAGGGGGACGGUGCCUCCUGCCAUGGGCCGGUAUCCAAACUGAUCCGCUCCCCACCGCACCCCCAGAGAAACCCACUCCAUCCCCUAAACCUAAGAAAACCAGACCCCGCAAAACUGCACGAACAGAGCCAUUUCCUCCUAACGUGUGCUUCAAACCCACGAAACCCAACUGGAAGCAGGACCAGCGUGCCUGCCCUGCACGCUACUCCUCCCGCGGCAGCAGCCGCCCAUCCGGGCAGGUGGUGGGUCCUCGUGGGGUUCCGCGAACGUUGAGCCGCCACGCGCAACCGACGCCGGCUGGGCCUGCAAAUCACCUCCCGGCCGCCAGGGAGCGCCGCAGCCGCGAGAGCGAGGCGGAUCGCCUAGGAGGGGGCGCGCGGCGCCGCAGGGAAAGAGGGCGCCGCCUCGCUAGCCCUGAGCCCCUCCCGCCGCGCGCCCUCCAGGCGGGGCGGCCCGCGAGGCCUCUGUGGGCGAGGGGGCGGGGACGAAACGGCCCCGAGGAUCCGUGCGCUGCACGGCGGCGGCGCGAGCCCGAGGGGGCGGGGAGGCGCGGGCGCCGAGACAGCGCCGGGCAGAGGGACCUGGCUACCCUGGACAGUGCAUCGCCGCCCGCCUGGGUUGCCGCGCCACAGCCGCUGCGGAUCAUGGCUGGAGUGCAAUGGCGCGAUCUCGGCUUACCGCAACCUCCACCUCCUGGAUUCAAGCAAUUCUCCUGCCUCAGCCUCCUGAGUAGCUGGGACUACAGGCAUGUGUCACCAUGCUCAGAGUGAUUCUUCUGGAAUGCAGAUCUGAUCAAGGUUCUUCCUGACUUCAUUGCUGCCAAAGCUGCACCUUGUCCUUGGGAUAAAAGCCAAGGUUCUCCCGAAGCCCACGAACUUCAGCCAUUGAACCUGCUCACUGCUCCAACCUUGCUUUCUGCCCCUGUGCUCCUUUCUCUCAUCUUCACCAUGAACUGCUAACAGUUCCCCAGACUCCCUGUGUGCUCUUUCUUCUGAGCCUGUGUUUGUGAUACUGAUUCCCUAGAAGAUCUUUCCUGCCAUUCACCUGGAUUAACUGGGUUCCUCAUCCAGGUCUCUGUUUAGACAUUGCAUCCUCCUGGAAGCAGUUUUCCCACACUAAUUACAGUAGCCUGCAUUUAGCAGUUCUUUCAA